CAGGCGCCCAAUCCUUCCAACGUGUUGGGAGUUUUUGGUCUCAGCAUUCGCACGACCGAGCGUGACCUGGAUGACGAAUUCAGUCGAUUCGGACGCGUGGAGAAGGUGGUGAUAGUAUAUGAUCAAAGGCAGUCUGACCGUUCCCGAGGCUUCGGCUUCAUCACUAUGUCUACCACUGAUGAGGCGGGUCGUUGCAUCAAGGAGCUUAACGGUGUGGAACUCAACGGCCGUCGGAUUCGUGUGGACUAUUCGGUCACUGACCGCCCUCAUGCGCCCACUCCGGGCGAGUACAUGGGGCACAGGCGUCGUCGUGGUCGGGACACCUAUUCCUCGGGUGGCAGGGAUGAGCGCAGCGACCGUUACGAUGAUCGCGACCGUCGUGAUCGUGAUCCAUACAGAAGCAGUCGGUACGACAGGGACGACAGGGACCGCGACCACUACGGCAGGGACAACAGGGACUGGCGCGACCGUCGCAGCCCGCCCCCUCGUUCUCGCUACUCACCGGAGUACAGGAGGCGCAGGAGCUACUCGAGAAGCCCUCCCAGGGGUAGCAGCCCUGCGCGCGCACGGGACUACGAUGCCCCGUCAUCGAGCGCUGUGCCUGCCGCGAACGGCAACGGCGACUCCCGCUGGUGA